AAUUAUCUUUGAUUCCUCUCUUCUCCUUCUCCUUCUCCGCCAUCAACCACCCAUUCUUCAUUCGUUCCUCACACUUUAAUGUGGUUAUGACUCUCAACUUGUCCACUCCUUCCUUCUCACGUUUACUUCCUCAUCAUCACCCUUCUUCUUCUGUUCUCCCCAAAUUCUCUCACAACGCUUUCCCCACUCUCUCCUUCCCCGCUUUCUCUCUUCCCAACUCGCCGAGAUUUCUCAACGCCAAAGCCUCCGUCAGCGAGAGCCGGAAUGAAACCUCCGAUGACCACACCGUUUCCGCCUCCGACCAGCAACUCCUGCUACGAAUUUCUGCCACCGCUAAAGACGCCGACGAGGCCUUGCAGAUGAUCGCUGACAACGCUGAAACAAACUCAGGAGGUGGUGUCGUUUCCACCUCUGAUUGUUGCUCCAUUAUAUCCGCCGCUCUUAGCCGGAAUAAUCCCCAGCUUGCCUUGUCUGUUUUCUACGCCAUGCGCGCCAGUUUUCGUCAAGUUGACGAGAAUGGUCCUUUAGUUGAGAGAUGGAAGUGGCCGAGGCCUAAUGCGAAUGUUUACACGGUGUUGAUUAACGGUUUGGCGGCAUCCUUGAGGGUUUCGGAUGCUCUAAGCGUGAUCAAAUACAUAUGUGAGGUGGGCGUGUCUCCUGGUGAGGAGGUCCCUUUUGGGAAGAUAGUGAGAUGUCCUAGUUGUAGGAUAGCUGUUGCUGUUGCACAGCCACAGCAAGGUAUUCAGAUAGUAUCGUGUGCAAAGUGUCGCUACCAAUAUGAACUUGUCUCGGGUGACAUAGUCAGUAUUCAAUCAGAAGAAAUCAGCAUGGACAUUACAGCAUGGGAAAGGGGGUUAAGAUUCCUCAAGUUGAUGAAGCAAAGUAUUCCUUCUGCCGUUCACUCUAUUGUGCCAAGACCUCAUUUGGAAGGAUCUGAACUGGAUGAAGGUUCCGUUCCCUGCUUUAAGUCAUUUCAGGUGCAGACCCCUUCUGGUGUGGCACGCACUCACAGAUUUGCAACUGAAACGGUUGAUCUGCCAGCUCAGGCAGGUGAAAGGGUAAGUGUUGCUGUGGCAGCUCCAUCAAAUGUAUACAGAAAGGUGGGUCCCUUUAAAUUUAGUCCAAGGGCCCCGGAUUUUUAUCCUGGUGAGGCUAUGUGCAUAACAAACCACAAAGAUGGGCGGGAAUCACUUCUGUUAAGAGCCCCGAGAAAAGAAGAAAAUUCAUCAUUACUUAAACCCUCCCUCCUCUUUCCACUUCUUGCUGUGUUUGCCACUGGUGAUGCUGCCUCUGGACUUAUUGACCCCAGCCUACCUCAGUUGCUAUCAAUUGUUGCAGUUUCAUCUCUUGCUGUUGGAUCUACUUUGAACUCCUUUGUUCUUCCCCAGUUAAAUCAGCUUCCGCAAAGGUCGGUAGAAACAACUGCUGUCAAACAACAACUUUUAUCUCAAUAUGAUGUGCUUCAGUCUCGCAUCAAUGGCCUAAAAGAAGCUGCUGAAAAAGAGAUUUGGAUGUUGGCUCGAAUGUGCCAGCUUGAGAAUAAAAUUUCAGCUGUUGGAGAACCUUCUUAUAGGACACGGAUAAGUAAAGUCAAGAGAGUCCGAGAGAGCCUGCAGAACUCCCUCCAGGGAAGAAUUGAAUUGAUUGCUAGCUAUGCUAGGAUUUCCUCAAUGAUUGAAAUUGAAGUGGAGAUGGAAACCGAUGUUCUUGCUGCUGAAACUGCCAGCGAUGUGGAUAGUAUUACAGAACAAAUAGAGCAAAUCAUGGAGCUCGAAAAUUUGGAGGAGAGAUGGAAAAUGCAAGCAGAAGCCAGUGAUGAAGCUGAAAGACUUCUUAGUUCCCAAUCCAUGCCUUCUGAGGAAGUUUGAAGAUAUGGAUGCAUCUGAUUUGUACCACUGCAUCAUUAGCUGUGCUUCUCACAUCAAUGAUCUUCUCUUGACCUGAUUGAUCAAAUGAGCAGCAUUCAGUUACUUCUGCCUUUUAGCAGGGAUGUUUUCAAUUUUUGGCAUCUUAGAACAAUCACUAUCAUGUCUUGAGAAGAACUACAUUGUAUAUGAUCAUCAAUAUGAGAGUUUGUGGCAUCUAAUGCACAUAUUUGUCGCCACUGAAGACCUUCCUCGUGUUGUGGCUUUCCAAGUCAAGGUAGCUAACAGCACAUCAUAGUGUAAAUUCAUUGAUAUAUAUUUGAUAUAUAAUAUAUAUCUUAUAAGAGCAUUCUUUUGA